UUAGCGAUUUUUUUUACAUAGACGUUGACUUUUUCCUACUAUAGAGGAUUGCUGUUGCUAUCAGUAGAGUAAUUUCUACGUUGUUACGGGUUAAUUUCCUUACCCGUUCGUGUAGUUUGACGACAAAAAAGGAAAAGCAAAUACGAACCACCACCGUCGAACAGACAAAUCAGCUGAAAAACGGUAACAUUCUUCUAACCUACACGACGGUACCAUGGCUUCGGAGUUGGACCAGUGGAUCGAAAUUGCAAAGCAAUGUAAAUAUUUGCCGGAAAACGAUCUCAAAAAACUGUGCGACAUCGUUUGCGAGCUGUUGAUGGAGGAAUCGAACGUACAGCCCGUCAGCACACCCGUUACCGUAUGUGGCGAUAUCCAUGGACAGUUUUACGAUUUAGAGGAAUUGUUCCGCACCGGUGGCCAUGUACCCGACACGAAUUACAUCUUUAUGGGCGACUUUGUUGAUCGAGGAUACUACAGUCUGGAAACGUUCACGCGUCUGCUUACUUUGAAGGCACGAUAUCCAAAUAAAAUCACUCUGCUCCGAGGGAACCACGAAUCACGCCAAAUCACCAAAGUGUACGGUUUUUAUGAUGAGUGUUACACGAAGUAUGGCAACGCUAGCCCGUGGAAGUACUGCUGUAGGGUGUUCGAUCUUUUGACGAUCGCUGCGCUUAUUGAUGAACAGGUGCUCUGUGUGCAUGGUGGCCUUAGUCCCGAGAUAAAAACGCUUGAUCAAAUACGCACGAUUAAUCGCGACCAGGAGAUACCACACAAAGGCGCCUUCUGCGAUCUAGUGUGGUCUGAUCCAGAUGAUAUCGAUACGUGGGCGGAAAGCCCUCGCGGGGCCGGGUGGUUAUUUGGCGUGUUGGUGACACAGGAUUUCAUGCGAAUUAACAAUCUCAGCAUGAUUUGCCGGGCACAUCAGCUGGUUCAUGAGGGCAUUAACUAUCAGUUCCUCAAGCAGCUCGUUACGGUUUGGUCCGCCCCUAACUACUGUUAUCGGUGUGGUAACGUGGCCUCGAUACUCGAAUUUACAACUGCUGACUGUUCACAGGCAAAAAUCUUUAAAGCCGUCCCGAACGAAGAACGCGUGAUACCAAGUCAGCGCAUUACACCGUAUUUUUUGUAAGAAGAUUCGCAUGUAAACCUGCUGCAACUAAAAGGGUGCAAUUGUUUUGAAGAAUUUUGUUUGAUGCAGUCCCCCAAAAGCAUUGCUUUUCCACAUAUUUUGCACAAUAAAC